UAUCAUCACCGAAUGGGGAACUCCCGGCGCCCCGCCGCCGCCUCGGCGCCGGCGUCCGACCUGGAGGUAGGCUUCGCGAAGCUGCAGGGAGAGGACUUCGAGUACUACAUGCAGACCUAUUCCAUCAUCCUCGGCCGCCACAGCCGCAAGAAGGACCAGCACGGCGACGACACCCCGGACGACGUCGACGUGGACCUCGGCAUCCUCGGCGGCGGCAUGAACGUCUCCCGUCGCCACGCGCGCAUAUUCUACGACUUUGUGCGCCGCCGCUUCGCGCUGGAGGUGCUCGGCAAGAACGGCUGCCUCGUCGAGGGCGUCCUCCACGAGCCCGGCUCGGCCCCCGUCAAGCUCGACUCCCAGGACCUCCUCCAGAUGGGGGACGCCCAGUUCUAUUUCCUCCUCCCGUCCCGCUCCGUCUUCGACACGGAUGCCCCUCGCCGCGCCGCAGUCCCGCGGCUUGUACCGCCUCCUCCCUCUGACGACGAGGAGGAUGAGGAAGAGGAUGCUCUGGAAGGUCAAGAAGAGGCUGCGGCGGCGGCUAAGCGGUCAAGGAACGGAGACGCCGGCGGACCCUUUGCAAGAAGGUCAGAGCCAGGAUCAAAGGGUUACAGUUACAGGGAAGCAGAUAACCUACAACUGUUGCAGUUGGAAGAGAAAGAUGUUAUCUCCUCUGCUGCUACUAUUAUACAUGAUCUUUGUGGACCUCAGGAAGGGGUGCCUAUGGACAAGCUUCAUGAAGUGAUGUUUGAGAAGUAUGGCAACUUAUGGCACCACAACAGGGUGCGAAAAUAUUUGACGUCGGAAGACUGGCCCGCGAGUGAAACUGAAGGUAGGCCAUGGCAUGGACUGUCAGUGCUGUUAAGGAAGUACCCAGAGCAAUUUCUGAUCAACAUGAGAAAAGUAGGGCGACAAAGCACAGAGUUUGUCUCGUUGCUUUAGCUGCAACCAUGACAAGUUUCUACAGAUUUCUCCUUAUGUCUAGUACAGGUUGGAGCAUACAUUUUCUUCUUCUUUUCUUCUACUGUAGACAGUGAGAACCAGCUCAGGGUAGAUAUAGAUUUGCUGGUUAAAUCUUGCCUUAUGUCCGUGUUUAAACCUAUAUAUGCAUGCAUUGUCCAAGAGCAAUCACCUCUGCAAUCCUGCUGUGCUAGAAUGCUGGAAAUUCACAUGUUUGUUGA